UUUCAGGAAGCUAACUUAUUCAGACAUGUUACCCCUCUGGACUUUUCUGUUUCUGCUCUGUGCAGCCGGAGCCUUGGGACAGGUUCAGACCAAAAGUAAGAACGACUCCGUAGUGGAACCCCGAAUUGUGGGAGGGACCCGGGCGAAGGAGGGACAAUUUCCCCACCAGAUCUCCCUACGCCGUCGAGGAGGUCACACCUGUGGUGGCUCCAUAUUAUCGGAAAACUUCAUCGUCACCGCUGCACAUUGCGUGAAGCAGGGGAGCAAUGUAGCUCCGGCCGACCAGCUGUCUAUCCAGGCGGGCAGCCUGCUCCUUUCCGGCGGAGGAGUUGUGAUUCCGGUGGCCACCGUCACUGUGCAUCCGGAUUACAAGGGCCAUGGCUACGAUGUGGCCGUGCUGCGCCUGAAGCAAUCACUGAGCCUGGGCUCCAACAUAGCCGCCAUUCAGCUGGCCACCGAUGAUCCGCCCAGCGAUGCCACCGUGGACAUCUCCGGCUGGGGAGCCAUCUCCCAGAGGGGACCGCUCUCCAACUCCCUGCUGUACGUGCAGGUGAAGGCCCUGUCACGGGAAACCUGCAAGCGGCAGUACCUCCAGCAGCUGCCGGAGACCACCAUGUGCCUGAUGCACCCGAGCAACAAGGGCGCCUGCUACGGCGACUCCGGCGGACCGGCCACCUACGGGGGCAAGUUGGUGGGAUUGGCCAGCUUCGUGAUCGGUGGCUGCGGACGCAAUGCUCCGGAUGGCUACGAAAGGGUCUCCAAGCUGAGGUCUUGGAUCAGGGAAAAGGCCAGUUUGUAGAUUGCAAAAAUGCGCAGUUGGGUUUGGAAUUCGGACUAUUGGAACCUACCUCUAGCUAUUUCAACAUUAAAAAAAAAAAUAUUUUUGUAUCUAUACCCUAUAUUGUUUACGAAUCAAAUUAAUAUUUGUUACGUAGGGAAUACCAUAUUAUAUCGAGCACAUACCUAUGGCAAUAAAUAAAAAGCAGCACAAAGAAA